UAUUCCCGGGUUUUCUUCCCAUCCUCUCUUUCAACUUUCAAGUUUCCCAGUUCUCAAACUUACAUCUCUCUCUGUGUGCAAGACAAUCAAGAAUUAGAAGAAACUCAUGGAGGGCUCGAUUCGUGGCCUGCCUCCUCUAAAGAGAUUCAAACUUCUGCAACAACAAGAAGAUGAGAGCGGGCACUCAUCAUCGCGCCUUCCAGCGAAGAAGAGAAAAGAAUCAUGGGAUCCUCCCAUUCUACCAUCUACUACUGUCUCUUGUUGCUUACCUGCGAAAAAGAGGGUUUGGGCUCCUCAACCUCUCAGCCCACAAAAACCCAGUUCGUCUUUUGAUCUCAAUGUUGAAUAUAAGCCAUCUCCCGAGAAGAAACCAUCCACAGUAGCUGUGGAUUAUGAAGAGAAUGCAGCAAAAGAGGAGAAUCAAGAUACAUCUGAGGGCAUCCACGAAGAAGAAGAAUAUGAGGAUGGGAUUGUCUGCGACAUUUGCUUGAGCACCGAUGGAGAUCCAUCCGAUCCAAUCGUCUUCUGUGAUGGCUGUGAUCUCAUGGUCCACGCUACCUGCUAUGGAAAACCCCUCAUUCAGGGUAUCCCAGAAGGGGAGUGGUUCUGUGCCAGGUGUGAAAUUUCUUCGCCUUCUCGAAAGGUUGCAGCUGAUGAGGGAAAUGUAGAUUUCUGCUGCUGUCUCUGUCCCAUUAAAGGAGGAGCCAUGAAACCCACAACAGAUGGGCGGUGCGCUCAUAUCAUUUGUGCGCUUCUAGUGCCUGAGGUAUUCUUUAAAGAUCCAGUAGGAAGGGAUGGAAUCGAUUGUUCCCAGGUUCCUAGUAGGAGAUGGAAAGGGAAAUGCUAUCUAUGUCAGUCUGCAAGUGGAUGUGUUAUUGAAUGCUCUGAGCCCAAAUGCCUAUUGGCUUUCCAUGUUAGUUGCGGGUUAAAAGAGGAUCUAUGUAUUGAGUACAGAGAAGGGAGGAGCGGAGGUGCCAUUGUUGCUGGGUUCUGCAAGACUCACACUGAGCUGUGGAAGAAGCAACAACAGAGUGGAAAGUUCAAGAUUGUAGCUAGGGAGCAGCAAAGGAAGUAAGAUCAAAAGAGAUGCGAUUGCUGCUGGUUCAUAGACCUCAGAUGCCAAUAUGAGUUCAAGCAGAUCUACCGAUCCACUGUUGGUGGAUGGAAGUCAUGUAAUCAUUAACUGACUAAUUUAUUGGUUUAGUUUAGAUUUAGCCAUUGAAGCUGAUAUGAAACUUGUAAUAAUGAUUAGCAUUUUAUUUAGUUUUAUUUGAGUA